GAGGAUCAAUUGACUAGGUCCGGGUACAAUACUGUGUAGACAUACAACUGCCUUGUCUAGUGAAAUCCAGCAUCGGCUAUGGUUUAAGGAAAUGUGUCUGCUUUAUCCUGGAUAUUGAGAGGCAACUCUUGAUUGAGGACUGUCCUAAUCACAAAUAAAUCUGAUCAAUACUCAACAGCGAAUUGCUAAAACUACCUGAUCUCUGCCAGCCGGCGUCAGCACACCUCCAUCAUGGCUCCCAAACAAAAGACGAUAUACCCAUGGUCUCGUCGGAAUAAUAUAUAUGAUCCUCCAACUCCUCUUGAUUCUCUCCUCGAAUCUCCUCUCCGCACGUUGGUCUUCUACCUCCAUGCCAUCCUCCUGUAUUUCCGCGGCACAUCUUUCAAGCCCCCCCGGAACAAACCUGCUGUUCGAGUUGUGUGUAUCUCAGAUACGCAUUGCAAUAAACUGCCCAUUCCGCCUGGCGAUCUUUUAAUACACGCAGGAGAUUUGACCAAUGCGGGCACGGUGGAAGAAAUACAGGCGCAAAUAGAUUGGUUGGAUCAACAGCCACAUCGAGAGAAGGUAUUCAUUUGUGGAAAUCAUGACAGUUAUUUCGAUCCCAAGUCGAGGAAGCCAGAAGAUAAGAAGAGGAAAUUGAAUUUCAAAAGUUUACAUUAUUUGGAGAAUAAGGCCAUUACGUUGAAAUUCAAGGGCGGGAGAAAAUUAAAGGUUUAUGGAUCUCCAGAUAUCCCUCAGUGUGGUGGUUCUGAUUUUGCUUUUCAAUAUCAAAGACAUCUUGCGCCGUGGGAGAAUCGUAUACCGAAAGACACAGAUGUUCUAAUUACACACAGUCCACCCCGACAUCACCUCGAUAUCAACCUAGGUUGUAAAUCGUUACUAGAAGAGAUAUGGAAGGUCAAACCUAGACUUCAUGUGUUUGGACACAUACAUUCCGGACAUGGUCGUGAAGCUGUGUUUUGGGACAAGGGACAAGAGGCUUAUGAGAGACUUAUGGAAAGGAAGAGAGGAGGCAUAAUCAUGGACUUGAUGCCGAGCUUUGCAUGGGUAGAUGCUGUGAAAGUGAUUUGGUAUGGAGUCAAGGGUAUUUUAUGGCAAAGAUUAAUGGUUGGUCCUGCGGGUGGAAACGGUGGUUUGAUGAUCAAUGCUGCGGUUGUUUAUCAAUCAUCAACCGAUGUGGGAAAUCCAGUUGAAGUUGUAGAGCUAUGAAUGAUGAACGACGCAAUGGCGAUGGAUAAGUCUAUCCCUCUCCUCGAGAAAGCAUGGGAUAAGAUAUGAUAUGCUGUGCAACCUUCAAAGUUCAUGCCUUGUAGAUAUGACCUCUGCUCUGGACUACAUUCGCUGACAAUACGAGUUGACUCGCUGCCCUCUGGAGAAUGUUCCAUCGUCCUUUCGGCACUUGAAGACGGUAGUAAAAUCAUAUUGGGAGACGUCCCGAGUUGUAUCGAAAGGUCUGAACGACUCGAAUGAUCUCGUAGAAACAAAUGAUACCUAUCUAAUACCUGGUGUCUUAUUGGUCAAAUCUUCUUCAUCCUUACCGUAGCUCUCCCCGCAUCCGAAGUCGGUGGGGCCGCUGGGCUCUCAUCAUCAAGAUCAAGGUACGGAGAUAAGUCGUUAUCAAGACAGGCCAAACUGUAAUCUGUGUCUCGAAAUGCAACCUUCCUCAAGAAAUGUCUCCUAGCCCUAUCGUACAUGAAUUUCUGUAGAGAUAAUGCAAUGAAAGAUAAAUCUCAGCCAAACUCUCUCGCCA